UUCAAUUUUCGACACCCCAUAAAUUUUUCAGGGAACAAAAUACUGUCAAAAUAUCGAAGUUCAGACAGAGAUUAUCGUCGGUUGUUUUUUUCCAGUAUGGACGUCCGCCCUUAAAAUUUAGGUAAACGCACGAAUUAUAUUCACGGAUAUUCGGGGUUAAUUUUUUUUUCAACAAUUAAUGAAUAAUUCAAUAAAAAUUUCCUCAAGUCAUUUAAAAACCAGUCAAUCAAUGCUGAGUGUGAUUCGAUACCGGUUUUUUAUACCACCUCCCGGAUCGAGCAGUGUGUGAAAUUUGUAUUUAUUUAUUCAUCUGAAAUCAUUUUUUAUUUUUUUUUUUUCCCCUCUUCCGAUUCAUUGUCAAAAAUUUGUCUUCAAUCGCGACAUCUCGCGAACUUUGAAACAAUCGGUUUGAAGUGGAAGACUUCAAAAAAUUAUAAAUAUUUAAUACAUUUGAAUAAUUUAUUGUACCAAUCGGAAUUUUUAUGGUGUAUAUUAAUUAAAAUAAUUAUGGAGUCGGUAAAGGACGCCUUGGAAUUUUUAAACCCCCAUUGGAUAGCUGUCGUUGCAACCGGCAUGUAUACCCAUAUAAGACAAAUAUGCAUUAUCGGACUUUGUACGGACGAAGAAAAUGCCCCGUUCGAUCCAUCCUAUGCUUCGAUUCUCUUCAUAUUUUCCGUACUCUGCCUUGUAGCGGAAUACAAACUUUGGCCCAGAUCGUUAAAGGAACCACCUUGCCAGUUAAUGUUCGUUUACGAAAUGUUAGUUUCUGCGCUGAUAACAAAUCUGGCAACUCGAGCAAUUUGGAUUCCACUCAUUCACGUUAUUUGCUGUUUAACACAGGAAUCAAGUAAAUGGCUGCUCUGGAUGAACUCUUACGUGGGUCUAGGCCGAUAUUCAUUCGUCGCAAAUUGGGCAUACUAUAUGGCGAAGGAUUCCGCAGUUGUUCACAUGACACUUUGCAUGGCCGUUCUUUCAUUUGUGUGGAUGUUGGACGCCACAGAAUCAUUAGACGGGAUUCUAGAGGCCUGGGCCAAGUAGUGAAGUUACUUAAAACUAAGCUGCACGAUUAUGCUUAUGACGCUAUCCUCCGUGCAGUCGCAAAAAAAUUAAAUAAAAAAAUAAACUGCAGAUUGUCAUCUCUCUAUAUUAAAAAAAUUGAUUCGUCAUUUACAUAUCGUCACCGUACAGUUCAUCCUCCGCAUCUCGAGGACCUUCUUCUCCAUCGGCUGUAACAAAAUGUAAGAAAAUUUCAUUCGAUAAUCCAAUUGUCAAGGAAACUCACUAUUACGCUGUAAAAAAUUGGAAAUCUACAGGAGAAUAAUCUUGGACCAAUCAAUAAUUAAAAUAUAUAAUCAAAUCUACUGUUAACGUAUUUAGAACAAAAAAAAAAGUGAAAGAAACCUGUUUUUUCCUUUUCCAUGUGUUUUGUAAAAUUAUCUGUGGAGUAAUUUGUAUUG